AUGACAGUCUGGGGCGCCCUUCUAAAAGUCCCCUCUCGCUACGCAUCUUACGAGCCGCCAGGGGGGUGGUGGAAUGACGAGCGUCGGUUGCACCUGACGUCCGUCACUUGUACUGCUUCCGCCGGCGCCAAGGCGUCUCCCCGGAACCGGAACAUGGCGGAACUGUUGGCGGAGAUGCCGCUUUGCGAGCUCCAAGUUGCAGAUCCGGGGUUUGGCAAAGAAAAGGCCGCCACGAGCUAUCCCAGGGACCGUCCAUUUGCUGAGCCGGAGGAGCUGUUUCAGACGGUGUGUCUACUAGGCAAAGGGCGCACUUCCUGCCAGCCGAACCUGAUCUGCGGACCGGGGAGCAUGUUCCAAGUGGUCUGGUCGGACGAUAAUGAGAAGCCUGGUCAUGAUUACAAAGUCCACGUUGUGGGACACGAGCUCACAAUCAAAAAGAGAGACAGAACGGACAAGACUGUGACAAGACUUGCAGAUCCGCGGCGGAACAUUCUUCUAGGGUGA